CUAACUUACACAGCAGAGGCCAGCGUGUUCGCAGCCUGUCAAGUCGAAUUUGUUUCUCCAGAAACAUCACCGGCAACCCCAUUGUCGGCUCUGCCCAACCUUAUCUGGGCUAUUGUUUGUCCCCUCCUUACAGGUGUCACACAUCUGUGACUCCGCCUCAAUACAAUGUCGACGCGGACUCGUCGCGCAGCCGCCACGAGGCGCAUAGCGGUCAUCGACUCAUCUGAUGAAGACGAGAUCAGCGCCGUCUCCAACUCGACCCAGAAGAUCAAGGAAGAAUCCGAAGAUGACUUUGACCCCGACGUGACCUCCAAGACGACUCGCAGGAGGACGACACAGAGCAGACGCACUUCCACCCUGCCCCUCCGCGGUAGAGGCACACGCAGGAGUGUCGCGCCCUCCGAAGCUCCCGACAGCACCGAGAUCUACGACGAGGACGAGACAGAGAACACCAUUAUCGCGCCGACAGCACAGAUCAAAAAGGAAAGCCCAAGGAAGCGGAAAAGUGUGGCGCCUAGAAAGUCGGUCGUGGAACCCGAGCCUGUUGCCGCCGCCGAGGACGAGACAGUCUUGCCCACACCAGAUCCUUCAGAGGGGCCCUCGGGUCUGGGCGCUAGAGCACUCGGCGACAUCACGAUGACCCCCAGCGUCAACGAGCGACGGCCGUCCACGGCGUCUAGCGCGGGCGCCGACGACACGGUGGCCACGAUAAAGCCUAUCAAGGCCAUGGACACGGUCUUUGAGAAGCCCAUGGACAUCAUGCUCAAGUCCCGCGCCAUGGCGAUGCCCGUGGUCGAGGAUACUGGCCCAAAGGCUCGCAUCGUCAUCACAUACCUGAUCCUGACAAACUUCAAGAGUUAUGCGGGCCGCCAGGAGGUCGGGCCGUUCCAUUCUUCCUUCUCCUCCGUGGUCGGCCCCAACGGUUCGGGCAAGUCCAACGUCAUCGACGCCCUGCUCUUCGUCUUUGGCUUCCGUGCCAGCAAGAUGAGACAGGGCAAGAUCUCGGCCCUCAUCCACAACUCGGCGCAGCACCCCAAUCUUGACCACUGUGAGGUCGCAGUACAUUUUCAGGAGGUCAUGGAUCUUCCCGGUGGUGGUUCCGAGGUCAUUCCCAAUUCGCAACUAGUCAUCUCGAGACGGGCUUUCAAGAACAACUCGAGCAAAUACUACAUCGACAACAAGGAGUCCAGCUUCACCAUUGUCACCACACUGCUGCGCGACCGCGGCGUCGAUCUCGACCACAAGCGAUUCCUCAUCCUGCAGGGUGAGGUCGAGUCCAUCGCCCAGAUGAAGCCCAAAGCCGCGGGCGAGCACGACGACGGUCUGCUCGAAUAUCUCGAGGAUAUCAUUGGCACGUCAAAGUACAAGGCUCCAAUCGAGGAGUCGGCCGCUGAGGUCGAGACGCUGAACGAGGUCUGCGUCGAGAAGAGCGGCCGUGUCCAGCAUGUCGAGAAGGAGAAGAACAGCCUCGAGGACAAGAAGAACAAGGCGCUGGCAUUUAUCCGCGACGAGAACGAGCUCGUGCUCAAGCAGUCGGCCUUGUACCAGCUGUACAUUAGCGAGUGCAACGACAACCUUGCCGUCACCGCGGAGGCGAUCAGCCAGAUGCAGGCGCAGCUCGAUGCCGAGCUCGAGAAGCACCAGGGCAGCGAGCAGAUCAUCAAGCAGCUGUCCAAGGCGUACAACAAAGGCAGCAAGGAGUUUGAGGGACAGGAGAAGGAGGUGCAGACUCUGGUGGCCGAGCUGUCCAAGUUUGAGCAGGAGAGGGUCAAGUUUGACGAGAAGCGCAAGUUCCUGACCGACAAGAAGAAGAAGCUAGAGAAGACCAUUACCAACGCCGAAAAGUCCACUGCCGACGCCGACGAGACGAUCGAGCAGUGCACGGAGGAAAUCGCGACCCGGACGGAGGAGAUUGCGCAGCUCGAGCAGCAAGUCCAGGAAGAGGAGGACAAGCUCACAUCGAUCCGCGAGAACCUCAAGGGCAAGACACAGGUCUACUCGGACCAGAUCGCCGCCAAGCAGAAGUCUCUGGAGCCAUGGACGGAAAAGAUCAACGAGAAGCAGUCUGCCAUUGCCGUCGCCGAGUCCGAGUUGACCAUCCUCCAGGAGAAGGCCAACGCGGGUGCCGUCGCGACCGAGGAGCUCAAGAAGAAGAUUGCCAGCAUCGAGAAGAACCGCGAUGCCAAGACUGCUGAGCUCAAGGAGUGUGAGACCGACAAGGCCGAGCUGGAGAACGAGAUGAAGGAGGUCCAGUCGGAGCUGGAGCACCUCGCCUCGAUCGAGCCAAAGUUCCUGCAAAAGAUCUCCAAUGCCAGACAAAAGGCGGACGAGGCCCGCUCGAGUCUCUCCCAGACACAGAACCGCGGCAACGUGCUCACCGCGCUCAUGCGCAUGAAGGAGUCGGGCCGUAUCGACGGAUUUCACGGGCGACUCGGCAACCUUGGUGCCAUAGACGAGCAGUACGAUGUGGCCAUCUCGACUGCGUGCCCGUCGCUCGACAACUUCGUCACCGACACGGUCGAGGCCGGGCAGCAGUGCAUCGAGUACCUGCGCAAGACGAACCUCGGACGAGGCAACUUCAUGUGUCUGGACAAGCUCCGUGCGCGUGGCAUGGACCAGAUCCAGACUCCCGAGAAUGCCCCUCGCUUGUUUGACCUCAUCCGGGCCAAAGAGGACAGGUUCCGCCCGGCUUUCUAUCAUGCUCUGCAGGACACUCUUGUCGCCAAGGAUCUCGCGCAGGCCAACAGGAUCGCCUACGGUGCCAAGCGGUGGCGAGUGGUGACGCUUGCCGGAGAGCUCAUCGACAAGAGCGGCACCAUGUCUGGUGGUGGCACGACCGUCAAGAGGGGCCUCAUGUCGAGCAAGCUCACUGCCGACACGUCCAAGGAGAAGGUCGUCAAGUACGAAGCCGACCGCGAUGCGCUGGAGGCAAAGUUCCAAGAGUUCCAGGAGGAGCAAAGGAAGUUCGAGAGCCGCAUGAAGCAGCUCCAGGUUGAGAUUCCCGAACUUCAGACCAAGAUGCAAAAGAUUGGCCUCGAGAUCCAGAGCGCAGAAAAGAACCUCGCCGAUGCCAAGCGCCGCGUCAAGGAGCUCGCCAGGGAGCACCAGCCGUCCGAGUCUGACGACAACAGGGUGGCGACGCUCCAGAAGGAGGUUGCCAAGCUCAACAAGGAGGUGGCUAAGCUCCACACCGAGACCGAAGGCGUCGAGGCCGAGAUCAAGGAGCUGCAGGACAAGAUCAUGCAGGUCGGUGGUGAGAAGCUGCGCGCUCAGAAGGCCAAGGUUGACGGCAUCAAGGAGGAGAUCACCUCCAGCAAUGAGGAGAUUUCCACUGCCGAGGUCAAGAAGGCCAAGGCAGAAAAGUCAAAGACGAAGCUCGACAAGGACCGUGCCAAGGCCACCAAGGAGCUCACGACCGCCGACGCUGACCUUGAACGUCUCGAGGAGGAGGUUGCUAACCAGGGCACCAAGUCCGAGUCUCUCGAGGAAUCCGUCAACGAGGCCCAGGCGAAUCUCAAAGAGAAGAAGAAGGAGCUUGCGGCCUUGAAGAGCGAGCUCGACGAGAAGUCUGCGGAGCUCAACGAGACCAGAGCUGCGGAGAUUGAGAUGAAGAACCAGCUUGAAGAGAAUCAGAAGGUGCUAGCUGAGAAUCAGAAGCGUCUCAGGUAUUGGGACGAGAAGCUGGGCAAGCUUGUGCUCCAGAACGUUAAUGACCUGACGGGAGAAUCGGCCGCGCCAGCCCAGCCAGCCGCCAAGCCAGAGAAGUCACCUGAAGAGGGCGAAAAGGCCGAGGAAGACGACGAUGGGGAACAGAUGGACGUGGACAAAGCCGAGGAGGAGGAAGAGGACGACGACGACGACGCAGCGGACGAGGCUGGGCCACGGGCGCCACAACAGCAGCCCAAUGAGCUCCCGCGCUACACGGAAGACGAGCUCCGCGACAUGAGCAAGGAGCGGCUCAAGGCCGAGAUCGCUGCUCUGGAGGAGAAGACGCAGAAUGUCAACGUUGACGUUGGCGUCCUUUCUGAGUACCGUCGCCGUGUCGAGGAGCACGCAGCCCGGUCUUCGGAUCUCGCCGAGGCCGUCCAGCAGCGCGACUCGGCCAAGAAGCGAUGCGACGAGCUCCGCCGCCUGCGCCUCGAGGGUUUCAUGGAAGGCUUCAGCACCAUCUCGCUCCGCCUCAAGGAGAUGUACCAGAUGAUCACCAUGGGUGGCAACGCAGAGCUCGAGCUUGUCGACAGUCUCGACCCCUUCAGCGAAGGCAUCCUGUUCUCCGUCAUGCCGCCGAAGAAGAGCUGGAAGAACAUUAGCAAUUUGUCUGGUGGAGAGAAGACGUUGAGCAGUCUGGCGCUCGUGUUUGCGCUGCAUCAUUACAAGCCGACGCCGCUCUAUGUCAUGGACGAGAUUGAUGCAGCUUUGGAUUUCCGCAAUGUGUCGAUUGUGGCCAACUACAUCAAGGAGCGCACCAAGAACGCCCAGUUCAUCGUCAUCUCGCUGCGCAACAACAUGUUUGAGCUCGCGGCGCGCCUCGUCGGCGUCUACAAGGUCAAUCACAUGACCAAGAGCGUCACGAUCGAGAAUCACGACUACAUUGUCAGGCCGACACAGCGGGCGGCACCCAACGAGUUUGGCAGUGGCGGGUUGACUGAGCAGUUCAGAUAGAUUUUGUUGAUGACGAUGACGAUGGAACAUGUGACUGGAUAUAAUGAAUGUAGAGUCGGCGGUGCAGGAUAAGCAUGGCCUGCUAGGUACGAGGCGUUGCGGCGUUGAACUUGGGGCUCUGGACCUCUGGUAUCCCGGGGCAGGAGGGAUUUUGUGCUGUCCCAGCGUAUUUAUCAUGACAAUCGAAUGAUCACUACUUGUACACG